AUGCUGAAAGAUAAUACAGAAAUCAACAGCGAGAUCGAAAAACUUGAUUUAGUUGAAAGGGAGACGAACGGCGCGCUGUGCGACAAGAAGAUAAACUUCAGACUGAGGGAAGAUUCGCCAUGCUUCCAUAAGAGCGAAAUGAAGAGACACGAGCAACAGCUGAACUCGGUAGAAAUGCGAAUGCUCAGAUGGAUGUGUGGUGUCAGCAGAAAGGACCACAUCCGAAACAGCUUCAUAAGAAACAUUCUAGGAGUAGCACCAAUCUCACGAAAGCUUAUCGAAAGCACACCCCGUUGGUUCGGCCACGUUAAAAGAAAACCCAUCGAGUACGUUGGAAAUGUGGUCAAAGCACUGAUACUUCCGGGAAAGAAAAACAGGUGA